AUGCCUAGGUAUGCGGAAUUUAUGAAGGAUUUGGUGACUAAGAAAAGGAUCGUUAGUUUUGAAGAUGAUGAUAGGUUGCUAGAUUUUAGUGCUAUUGCUACGAGGUCACUUGUGCAGAAGAAGGAGGAUCCUGGUGCCUUCACUAUUCCAUGUACCGUGGGGUUAUUGCAUUUUACUAAGGUGUUGUGUGAUUUGGGUGCUAGCAUUAAUCUAAUGCCACUGUCUAUUUACAAGAAGUUGGAUUUAGGGACUCCAAAAUCGAUUGCAAUGCGAUUACUUAUGAUCUAUAGAACUGUGAAGAGGCCCAUUGGUGUGCUCCAAUAUGUACUUGUGAAAGCGUCCAUGAAACAGGAAAGAGAUCUCAAGUCAGUACCAGUGGUAAAUCAUUUUGUGGAGCAAGGUUCUGAUGUGUCUAUUGAAGAGAGGUUGGGUGUUGAUGAACUGGCAGCGGUAAUGAUGAAUUUUAAGGGUGAUGGUAUUGAAGACUGUGAUGAAUUGGUCGCCGCAUUUGAUAAGUUCGAAUUUCGUUCCAAACCAAAAAAGCUUGAGUUAGAUAUGAAGAAUCGCGACUCUCCACUCACAAAACCAUAUAAAGGCAAAAGAGCAAGGCAAGGACAUUAUCGAGCAAAAAUGAGUGGAAAAGAUGAAAAAAGCUGA